AUGGCCGAAAAGAAGUUUGUUUCGCCAAAGCAUCAUGCUAUCCUAAUUGGCAUCGACGCUUAUCCUGAGAAAUACAAUUCGUCGCUGAAGGGUUGUGUACGAGACACGCAACAAAUCAGAUCAUUACUGGAACAGCAACCUUUUCACAUCAAUAUCCAGACCUUGACAGCUACGCAAAGCUCUGAUAGCAGCAUCACAGGGCCAGUUGAAGAUCCUGCUAGCUUGCCAACUGAUGACAAUGUAAUCAAGGCAUUCAGAGAUCUUACGUCUGCGGCUCAGCCUGGAGAUUACAUCUAUAUCCAUUACUCUGGCCAUGGCACCCGCAUCGCUCCCACUGCUAAGGCAUUCUCCAACCAGCAUACUGGAGACUUGGCUCUAGCCCUUCUUGGUGGUGAGAAUGGAAACGAAGUGAGGCCACUUGGAGGGUACAGGCUAGCAGUUUCUCUGAAUGCAAUGGUGUUGAAGGGUCUGGUUGUCACUCUAGUUCUUGACUGCUGUUUCGCAGCAAGUAUCUAUCGCCUGGACCGUCGCGAUAUUCGAUUCCUUCGAAUUGAUCCAGACCUGGCAUCUGCGUACUUCGCCGACAAAGACUUGUCAGAGCAAGAUGAGGAAACACCUAACUCAGGUUAUCGCGAUAUAUCUAUGCUGCCAAGCUGGUUGAUAAACCCAAAUGGCUAUGCACUUCUUGCAGCUUGUGGUCCUCAUGAAGAGGCGGGCGAGAUAAUCCACAAAGAACAGUCCCAUGGCGCUUUGUCCCAUUUUCUGAACCUGAGCCUAAGAGAUGGCGGGUUGAAUCGCAAGCACAAGAACAUCUUCUACCGUCUCAGCUCCAAAUUCCGUGCUCACUCAGUUCAGCAAAAUCCUGCAUUGUAUGGGAACAAAGACCAGGGAUUCUUUGGUGAGAACAAUAUUACGAACUCACGAUCUACGGUACUUGUUGUGAGAAAUGGCCAGCAUUUUGCAUUGCAGGCGGGUCAUGCUCAUGGAGUAUCCGACGGCGAUGAGUUCAUUCUGUAUCCCUCCAGUGUGCUUGAGAAUAACGAGGCCUUUCAUGCAAACCUUAUGAAAACGAUGGUUGAAAGAGCUGGCCCUUUGACAAGCAGGUUACAACUGGUUGAUGCCAUGGCUGCGACAUCUGAGAAUGACUGGGUUGCUGAACCACAAACGAGGCGAGCUCUUGGCAAGUUCUCAGUUUCUUUCAGCGAUACGAUAUCUCCCCAGAGUACCUGGCCAGAGGCUUUAACAAGAUAUGGUAUGACCCACGCUGGCGAGCACGGAUUGGAAUGCUGGUUCCACGUUGAAGCUAUCGGCAACAAGUACAAGAUUCUGACGCGAAAUGGUGAAGAAGUGAUGAACCUCCCGUCAUUGUCCCAAAACACAUCAACUGCAGAUGAUGUGGUUGCAGUUCUGGAGCAUUUAGCUCGAUACGAGGUUGUCAAGAGCCUUUCAAAUCCAUUUGUGGAAGAGGAUUUCCGAACAUCGUUCGACAUCAAUAUUGUACGAGCGGGGGAUCGCUUUGGCCCAGAUCUUCUGGUCGACGUUGAACAAGAUGCAGGCAAGGGAGCUAUGUUCGAGCUCAAACUUCAGAACCACGGAACCAAAGUUUUGUACCUGUAUAUCCUUGACCUUGGCCCUCUUUGGCAAAUUGAGGAUAUAUAUUGUGGCAGCUACGUAGUGGUUCCCCCAUACAACCAGAAUGAAAGGUUCAUGACGGGCAGCUUUACCAAGAAGUUCAGAACCAUGGUACCCGAUGAGCUGAGAAAGAAGGGCAUUGAAGAGUGCUGUGAUACUCUCAAGGUCUUGGUCACGUCUCAGCCGACUUCCUUUGACUUGCUGGAGCUUCCCAAAAUUGGUCAUGCUCUCAAGAAGAGAUCACCAGCCGACAAUGAUAGGUCCGGAGGUAGCUCUGUUGAGCAGUGGAUCGCUUUUAACUUUCCGCUAAAGACUUCACUGGCAGCAGAACUAAGAGCCGCGAAGACCUGUUGA